AUGGGCAAAACCGUGGCCCUUGGGCUGAAGAUUUUGAUAGAUAAAGUCCAUGAGGGAACUCUUCCCGCUUCCAGGUUUGCCACUGAUCCAAAAGACUUCCUUACCGGUCCGAAACCAUUCAACGAACACAUUGGGUUUGGAACUCCAAUGACGAGCUCUGCUCUUGCCUGCAGGAUCGAAUAUCCAGCCUUAGGUCUUGCCGAAGUCGACGACACGCCCCUCAAUCAUGUUGCGUCUUUCUUUCAUCUCCGGAAAGGCCAAAGCGUCAAGCAGACGGCUUCUGGGCGUAUCCUGAGCUUGAUCCUGCAAAUACUUUGUCUGCACAUGUUGCUGCUGAGCCGCUUCCUCGAGUAUGGAAUCCUGGCCGUCGAAGCGGUAACUGUCUGGUCUGAAUUGCGGUAG